AUGUCAUCUUUGACUGGAAGAGGAGAAAGAUUUCCUGCCUCCGUGAGAGGAGCACACUGGAGCUCAGAAGUGCAGCAUCACUGUGAGCCCGUCGGCUUUUCUGCAAGUAUUUACGGGAAAGACUGCCAACCCAAGGAGCGCCCUACUCCUGAGGGUGCAGGGUCCAGAGGAGACCCACAUCGGAAUACGUGCCAGAGAGCAGACGCUGUCCCGUCAUACAAGUCCCUCCCUGGAACCGUCGGAGACCGCAUCAGGAGUACUAUGUCCUCUGCUAGUGGGACUACAUGUAGAAGAACUAUGUCCGCGAAUCCUGGCUUUGGGAGGUCCGAUAGGAAAGUUGCGUGCUGUGAGAAGUGCUCAGCGACCCUUGUUGCUCUCAAGAAACAAGCGCUGAGUCUGGCUGUUCACCAUCACUUCUCCUGCAAGGACUCUAGUGACCUGUCUGAGUUCCUUCACGACAACCUUCGCGUCCAUAGUCGGUCCUCAAACGAGUCCAGGGACAGAGAGAAGGAGCAGGGCGAGUGUGGAUCCUGCGGUGUGAACCUGAACCAGCUCAAAGAAGAGGCCGUCCACUUGGCUCUGAACAGGGGUCAGUCAUUAGCUAAGCCUCCCUUUGAACCCAGCUUUAGCACUGGUACACUGCUGGGAAAAAGUGAGACAAAGCAUGGAGACAGAGCUCCAAGGGACGCUGCCACGGCUGUGCAUCAACCACACAGUCACACACACAGUCCUCACAGCCCAAGAAGCCCGAGGACGCCUCAGAGGACCCCUCAAAUCCUCAGACGGAGGGGGCCCAAGCUGCCCAACCCCGACAUGGGCCGCUGGGUAGAGGAGCAGCAGCAGCUGGUCGCCUCCAAAUCUGCAUCCAGCGCUGAUGGUGUCACCAUGUACCCUUACCAUAAGGCUGCAGAUAAUGCUGCACUGGGCUGUGGUGACGCCGGGACCGUUCAGACGAGCUCAAAGAUCCCUCACAUAUCUAGAGUGGUGACCAUCGCCAACACUGCUGCUAUGUCUCUUUUAGCCAGGGCAGCCGAGAAGCUCAACCUGACAUCGAGGAAAAAAGGCCAGGCUUCCGAUCAAGCUUCCGCUCAUUUCUCCACCUGCUUCAGGGAGAUGAUCCAGAAAAACCCACCGCCCGUCCCUUCCUGCCUGCUCCAAGCUGUCACUAGAACCAAAGACUCACCCGGUGUUGGCAAGGUCAAAGUCGUGCUGAGGGUGAGCCCAUCACUGUCAGAGAGCCAAGGCCAACCACCUGCUCUCUGGAUUGACCCGUCCAAAAGAAGAGCCACCAUAAUGGAACCAGUCAGCAAAAGCCAACCACAAGCUACAAUGACACUAGGCAGGGAUGGCAACAAUCUUCUAAAGACCUUCAACUUUGACACGGCCUAUCCUCAAGAGUCAAGCCAGGCCGAGGUGUGUGCGGGCGUCUUGGCUGAUGUCAUCCGUUGUGUGCUCAGCGGCAGCGAUGGAUGUGUUCUGGGUUUGGGAUGUGCUGAUGUGGGCUCCUGGUCCAGCAUGGUGGGGAAUAGUGAGAGCAUUCAGAAACUCGGUUUGGUUCCCUGUGCCAUCUCCUGGCUGUACAGCGCCAUCGAGCGGCGGAGGGAGAGGACCUGGACCGACCUUACUGUAUCAGUGUCUGCUAUAGAGCUCUGCUGUGGAGAGGAGGACACGCUGAGGGAUCUGCUGGGGGAGGUCGUCCCCUCAGUAGGUAGUGUCCAGGACAGCCCAAAAGCCCAUAUCAAACUCCAAGAGGACCCCCACUAUGGGUUACAGCUACGUAACCACAACCGGGUGAAGGCCCCUACUGCUGAGCGGGCUGCUUCCCUCUUGGACGCAGCCAUCGCAGCACGUCGGCACAAUGACUUCAUUACGUACCUGUCCCACAGCUCUAUAAUGUUCUUCACUCUCCACGUCCAGCCCCCUCGUACAGAGAGCAGCACCAUUGGCAAAGGUUCACGUGGCCCCACUAAGUUGACAAUGAUAGACGUGUGUAGUGGUAUGAGGGGUAUGAGCAAGAAUAAGCCUCCAUAUUCUGAACUCGGCCCUGUUGUUUUGUCUCUACUAAGUGGACAUAAAACCACCCCCAGCAAGGGCAGUAAGUUGACUAUGCUCCUUCGAGAGGCCUUGGGUCAUGUAAAUUGCCAUACCACAGUGAUUGCUCAUGUCGAUGAUUCACUGGCACACCUUCAAGAGACACUAUCCACAAUCCAGCUGGCUUCUCGCAUCCGCAGGACACAGAAGAGAACAAAGCAGUCCACUUCAUGUUCUCCUUGCGGGAGAAGUUUGACUAAAGAAAAGAGAGGCACUCCGUCUUUGUCCCUGCGGGCAUUCCACUCCACCGAUGAGGUAGAUGUCGACGUCCCUCGUUUCCAUUUGCGUGGUGAACUGGAUGAGCGCUCCAGUAGUGACCAGUCCUGCGACACAGUCAUUCAAAUAGACUCGGAUGGCUUGGUCCAGUCCAAAGUAACCUCAAGACUGGCACAACCUGAAUUUGUGCCCAUCAUACCCUCUUUGCAUCCUAAUAAGGCUGACAUGGAUGACCCAGAGUUUACUGCUCUGCUCCAAGAGCUUCUGAGAAUUCCUCAGCUGCAGGCAGAGAAGAAGAACGAAGAAACACUUCAAGGGAAUAUUGAAGUGCUAAGCGCAGACAUGAAGAAGCCAGGAAGAGACUGUUUUAAAUGUGAUACAUUUGCUGAACUUCAAGAGCGCUUGGGUUGUAUCGAUGGAAGUGAGGCAACAAUGGAUGUACUCAAGGCUUCCUUAAAAGGCCCUUCUGUCAACAAUAUUACAGCUAAAUCACAACCCCAGAAAGAAACAGGGAAACAGACAGACACUAAAUUAUCAGAGGCACCAAUACCAUUGUUGAAUCAGGGGUUAGGCUGCAGUCAGACCUCUGUCGGAGAAAAACAAACAGAGGGUGCCUUCCCUGGAGACAGUUUCCAAAGAGAGGAUUCAGGCCUGUAUGACUGUGAAGAGUGCAGUGGAACCAGUUCCAGCGAGGAACUGCUAAAUCAAACUCUCAGUCUUAACAUGACCUGUCGAUCUGAGUUGCCCAAAACGGGAACUCUUAAGUCAGAGGAUAAGCUCUCUUGUCAGGACUUUGAUAUGAAUGCUCAGAGCAUGAGCACCACCGGUUCCCUUGUACUUCAGCCUACAGGUAAACAGGAGAGUUCUAAAGCUUUGGAUUGGUUCAAGCCAGGCAAAAGGACCUCACCAGUUGGCAAAAGCUCCCCCAUAUCUCCCUCCUCCUCCUGCUUCUCCUCACACUCCUUGGCUACCAGUGUUAUACUUGGCGAUGUCUUACCUAAUCGCCCUGCAGAGGAUGUUAAGGAAAUGAAGGCCACUAUCACAGUAACUGUUCAACAGCCACUGGACCUAAAAGGUCAAGAUGAACUUGUCUUCUCUAUGGUGGAGGAGGUGACCAUCACUGGAGCAUUGGACAGAGGGAGAACAGGUGGAAACAUUAUUUGUAUCAGAGACACUGCCCAAUCACAGCCACAAGUGCAAGGCGCUAGCAGCUCUCAACCAAUCAGGAUAAUCAGUAAUGUCAGCGAAGAAACUGUAGCCACAGGUUCUACUAUUACAGACAAAAGCUCUGUAGCUCAAUCUGUACCUACAGAGGCUAGCACUGACACAUCCCAGUAUCGAUUCAGAAUGGAAAAGAGGUUCUUACCUUCAUUUAUAAAUCCCAUGCUGAUUAAUACAGAUAUGGAUUGUGAAUUGAAUGGUGUGAAAGAAAAGGAAAGUCCACAUGAUACUUUUACAGGAGCCACGUCACAGUCUGAGCUCAGAGGGAAAAAUCCCAAAUGUCCCGAAGAUAGGAAGGCUCUUGAGAAGAUGAGUGGGGCUUUUGCUUCUGAUACACAUGCCAAAAAGUCUGACAAAGUAUCUGACUCACCUUUUUUCCAACGUUCUUAUGACCCAAUGUGCUUGGAAGAUUCAGCUUUUUGUGAUGAAAUGACAGAAAACAAAAUGUGUGGAAAAAGACAAAGACAUUCAGACAAGAAGCACCCUAGAGACAGGGAGCAUGUUUAUUCUACUAACACUCCAAAGGGCUCAGAGGGGGGAGAAAUCGGUUCCAGACAUGUUGGGAAUGUCCCCAAGAGAAUUGGUAUUUCACCUGGUUGCCAGGAAACCAUCCCUGCCUCCUUUAAAACAGGUAGUUUACCUAGAGGCUGGCAAAAUGCCAACCACCAGGACAGCUACCAUAGCGUUUACAUGGCAGACAACCACAGAGACCCAAGGGGGGUGACAUCAUCCACCCCGUGUAGCCCAGGAGUAACUCUGGAGAGGAGGCAGGGCAGACAGCACUCUCCAGCAAACCACAGCUCUUAUGUCUCCUCUCCUCGGAAAUAUGGAACAGAGUACAAACAGCACGCUAAUAGUGCUCCCAGAAAGGGUGUUGAAUCUUUGUUUGAGACCUCAAAUCUAAAAAUGAAACAUGAUAAUAUGGGUGGGAGGCCAAAGUCACCUAUUGAAGACAGUAGCAGACUUUUCAGUGCCAAACUAGUGCAGCUGGCUACCAGGACUAAUUCCCUUGGGAGAACCCCAAGAGACUUCCCAACUCUGGAUAGAGGCAGUAGUAACACCUCUGUGAGCUCUAAGUGGAGCUCCAGGGGACAUAUUGAAGGAGCUUGCAAGGGAGGAUAUAAAGGAAAUAAUGAGGGAGAUUGUACUCUACCAAGGGCUAGCAGGAGCCCCAGGAAAAAUCCUCGGACUGACCAGAGUCAUCAUUUCUUUCUUUCUGAAAAGCCUGUAACUCAAUCUGCUAGGCAUACCCAUUCCAAGCUCUCUGCUGUGGGGAAACUCAAGAUGUCUAGCCCCAAAGUCCGACGACUGUCUAUCCCCAGCAUCAAGAACCUCAGUCUCUCCCACAAAGGCCUGCAGCAGUCCAUCAACCGCAGCGCCAGUCUUUCUCCAGAUGGUAAAACUGUUAGCUUUGAGCGGUCUUCCUCCUUUUUCUCCUCUUCCCCUCCACAGUCUUUUCACUCCAUCAGUCGCACUCCGAGCCAGAGCUCCACAUGCUCAUCCACAAAAUCUGCCAUCCAAGGUUUUGUCAAUGGGCGGAUCUCAGACCUCCUUAAGGAAAGAGCCUCCAGCCCCACUUCAGGAGGACUGGACCAAAUGACCACACUUCCCUCACCAUACAGCCAGGUGACUGCUCCCCGAAUGCCUGAUCACCUGAGUGGGCACGCAAGUGACACCACCAGUGUGUUGAGUGGAGAUUUGCCUCCAGCUAUGGGGAAGACAUCCCUGAAUUUCUCUAACAGGAACAGUAUGGUGAGCAGUGGAUAUGACAGCAUGGUGAGGGACAGUGAAGCCACAGGCAGCACCAUCUCAAACAGAGAUUCCGUCAGCGACAGGAGCAGCUCUCUGCUCAGUGUGGCACGAAGCAGCCGAUCAUCUCGGAGGAGAGGCAACACAGGUACUCACCAGCGUCGUCUUUCCCAUGAUGCUCCCCUGUCCCUGAGACGCUCGGCUAGUGGUCUGCGGUCUGGCUGGGUGGAUCGGGGUAUCCCAGAGUCCUACGAGAUCAAGGUCUAUGAGAUCGACAAUGUGCAGAGGAUGCAGAAAAGAGCAGGUGCUGGCAAACAGGGGCCUGCAUGCUUCAGUGCCAAGCUGAAGUUUUUGGAGCACCGUCAGCAGAGGAUCUCCGAGGUCCGAGCCAAAUACAACAACCUGCGGAGAGAGCUCCAGCGGGCCAAACACAACCUCAUGCUAGAGCCCGCCAAGUGGAACCAAGAGUUCGACCUGUGGCAGACCUUCGAGGUGGACUCCCUGGAGCAUCUAGAGGCUCUCGAAGUGGUGACGUCCCGUCUGGAGAGCAGGCUCAACCUCUGCAAGGCCAACGUCAUGAUGGUCACCUGCUUCGAUGCCGGCACCAAGAGAAGGCAUAAGAAGCGACGGCGAAAAGCGCCAGAGCAGAGAGCCUUGAAGGGAAUCUGA